UCACCAAAAGCCAGUUCAGAGGACCGGGGAGGAGGAGGCGGAGGCGGACAGCUGAGAAUCCCUGGCUGACUCCGGUAGCGGAUUCACGAAGCAGGUGACGGACGGCGGGGAGUGAACACAAACACAGCAGCGUCAUUAGACGUUAUGUCCGCUUUCAAAAAAGAUCUUACAUCUGGUCCACGAGUAUCUUUGGGUUUUCCAAACGCUUUGUUUUGUCGGGAGGGAUUCUGGUGUCCACCGGGCGAUGUCAGCGGCCACGGCCACUGCGCGGGUGAUGAGAGACCGGCUGCUGCAGGCCAUCGACGGCCAGAACAACAUACGCAACAUGAUGGUGGUUGUGGAAGUGAUUUCCAGUUUGGAGAAAUACUCUAUCACCAAAGAAGUACUAGAGGAGACACGCCUUGGGAAGCUGGUGAAUGACAUCCGGAAAAAAACCAAGAACGAGGAUCUUGCAAAAAGAGCCAAGAAGCUCCUUCGGACCUGGCAGAAGCUGAUCGACCCGGGUCAGGGUGACUUGGUCCCCAAAGAACUCACUGGUGCAUCUUGGCCUUCCAAAGGCAGCAUUCACUCCUGCUCCUCUCCUCCAGCUUUGAGCAAAACAGGCUCAGAGUUAAAGGCCAGAAGUGACUUCAACAACUACUCUCCAAAUCCUGAACCGAUAAGCAACAGGAAACGUAGAUGUGACAAGAAAGAGGGUCAAACAAAGAAACCCAAAGUCGCUCAUGAUGAUGCAAAACAGCAGCCAUCUCAUGGACUCGGUGGGAGUUUUAAAAUUCCUGCAAAUACUAAUGCACACCAACCAUCAGACAGGGAUACGUCUAAAUAUCUGGACAAUAGUAAGUCAAAUAAAGUUCCUAUUCACGCUGUCAAACCUCAUCCAAGUGCCAGCAACCCUCCUAACACGCUUAUGCAACGGCAGGUUAGAAGGGAUAAGCAUCAACCUAGAAGCCCUGGUUGUCCGUUGCAACAUCCUGAGAGCCUAAAGCAAGAAGCUGUACUAAAAAAACCACAAAGUAGUGGAAAUCCAGGUGUGAUGGAGGAAUCUGCUCAGUCGUUUAAUGUUCACACAAACCUCUCAGGGUCUGCAAAUCUGGGGUUUCAAAGCAGGACUUCAAGUUUGGAUGAUGAGACUAUUAUUAAUGAUGCUGUGAACAAGAAAAGAGAAAAAUACAAGGCUAAAGAUCAUGUUGUGAACCUGAAUGGCCCAAUUACAGAAGACAAAAGCAAACCAGCGAGGAUAAAAGACAGAAGGAUCACAUUUGAUCCAUCAACAGGACAAAUUAAAUUCACUUGCCCUAAGGAGUCUUCAGAAGAGCAGGAAGUCUCUGAACUCCUGCUGAAGCUGAGUCAACCCAUUCCUCCCAGUCCCUUCCAACAGACGGACUGGAAAGAACUGUCAAGGAGCGAAAUAAUCCAGUCAUACCUCACCCAGCAGAGCAACAUCCUGUCGUCUGGUGCACACACACCUGGAGCCAACCUUUUCAUGUCGGAGGUUUGCAAAAGAGCGGAUCACCAGAAGAGGAAUACCACAGAAACGUCCAUACUGGUAUCAGACCAUCAUGUCAAAGAGUUACCUGGAGUUGGCAGAGAAAUCAGCAGUGAAGACCUGAACCGAUUACAGAGACGGCGUUGGUCCGGAGUUAACGGGUGUUACGACACCAAGGGGAACUGGUACGACUGGACGGAGUGCAUCUCUGUGGAUCCACAUGGAGACGAGAGCAGACUAAACAUUUUGCCCUACGUCUGUCUGGACUGAAACGCUGUUCAGCUUGGAAGUAAAUCAAUUGAUCAAGUCUACGAGAUGAGAAAUUUUAGGAAAAUGAUACCUUAUUUGUGCUGGAUGUUUGGUCCAUUCAGCUUUUGUUUUGUAUUUAAAUUUAGUAAAAUUUUCUUGUUGGCAUUUCAUAACCGUAUUAUGAAAAUUUACAAGACACAUUUUCAGAAAUCAUUAACGACACACAAAUACUUUAAAACUUAAUUAGUCCAAAAUUAAUAUGCUGUUGUAUUUAGGACUGUUUCAUUUGCAACUGUACAGCUUUAAUUAAGAGUUUUUACCGCAUUUUUGACCACCUGAAUAUAGUUCAAGCAAAUUCCCAACACUCAGCUGAUGUACAUUUUCACAAAUAAAUUACAAUAUUUUUUUUAAAUGGAAAACGUUUGAUACAACACAAAGUAUUUGUCCUUUAUUAUUCAUGUUUUACUUGCUUUCAAUUUCUUUUUUAUUGUAAGUAGGACCUUAACUAUCCACCGAGUUGUUAUAGAAGCUAAGUGAGUUCAAGUGAUUUAGAAGAAAAAGACUCAUAAAUAUAAUAAAAAUAUAUAUAAUCUUUGCAUGUAUAUAAGUUUGUGAACUGCAGAUACUUUCAACUUGACAAUUUCGACCUGUGGAGCAGGUCGAAAUUGAGGUUUGAAACAAGUCGAGAGCCUGGACACCAGCCUAAGUGAUCAUAUCUCAAUUGCUUGCUCUGCAUGGAAAUGACCUCAAAACCCUGUCAUUAUUAUCUGCAGUUGAAAUUUGCAUGCAUUAUAUACAGUCUACCAUUUUUUCCUUCCUUCCUGACAUUAAAUGAAACUAAACCUUCCAUUUUUUCAGGUAAGUUAAGAUCCGUGUUUUUUCCAUUUCCUGAAAGCAAGAAUAACGAUUAUAUUUAUUAACAUAAGCAUGAGAUUGUUGUGCUUUUAAUAAAAUUGUAGAAGCCC